AUGGGCACAGACACUACGAAGACGGUGACUUCGGCAAUACCCCGGCUUCAUAGAAGCCGAGGUGGUGGGCUUCAGCCUCAUUCCCAUCCAUCAUACCGUCCCAAGAAGCUUUUGCAAACCUCCCAACUGCAACCAGCCAGGAGAAUGAUGCAACAACGCCUCUCGAUAUCAACUGCCUGGUAUCACUUCGGUUCAAUCAGCGGGGGCGAGAAUCCCCAGGACAGACGCCGUACGAGACAUAUUCGAAGAUCUGGCACUGCUGUGCUCAAGCCAGGCAGGCGCCUUGAUCAGCGUUCAAGCUCUAUUGCCCCUCCUGUCCUCGAAACAGUCUGCGAAGUAUCCAAAACCAUGGACGAAUUCACACACGAUGCUUUCGCCAACAGAGAUAGUCCCAUUCCGGUCAUAAGAUUUGAUGCACUGAAUGAUUUGUCCGAGGAGGUCGAUGAUAGGACCGACGACGUGGAAAGCAAGAGGGAUCAAAUCCACAGACAUGGGAAGGAUGUGAAGGAGAAUAUGAAGAAGGUCCAGCAGAAAACAUCCGAGAAAGGAUCAAGUAUGCAGGACCGGCUGCUUGAGAAACUACUCCAGCAAGUAAUCCCAUCCAAGGACCUCUCUUCUUCCCGCGCCGAAGCCUCCUCUACCCAAGGCUUCUCGACCAGACCGUCAUUCUCCCUCCCUGCAAUGUCUGCAAACUUCCGUCGCUUCAAUGCCCGCAUCGGAGUGGUAUUUGUCUUUCAAGCGAAAGUUAUUCGCCUGCUAUCCUGGAACACACCUACCCAUACCCUUUCCUUCCUAGCGAUCUACACCUUCAUAUGUCUAGAUCCCUACCUCCUCACUGUCCUCCCCUUCGCUGUGAUCCUCCUUGCCCUCCUCAUCCCUGCCUUCAUCGCCCGUCAUCCUGCACCACCACCUGCCAUAACCACCUCGUCGCACACCGCAUCUUUCGGUUACAGCGCUUCCGGGCCUCCUCUCGCCCCGGCACCGACCGUGAAGCCAGUAAAAGAGCUUUCCAAAGACUUCUUUCGCAACAUGCGCGACCUCCAAAAUAGUAUGGAAGACUUCUCUCGCGCCCACGACAAACUCAUCGCAAUCCUUACACCACCCACAAACUUCUCCAACGAGCCCCUCUCCUCGACACUCUUCCUCUUCGCCUUCUUCGUAGCACUAACCCUCUUCAUCGCCUCCCACCUCCUUCCCUGGCGCUUCCUUUUCCUAGCCAUAGGUUGGACAAUCACCUGCUCCGGCCACCCCACCAUCCAGCGCCAGCUCGUCACAACGCACAAACAGCACGUGGCACCGCGUGAAAAAGAAGCAAAGUCUUACCUCGAAUCUUGGAUCGCCCGAGACAUAAUCCUCGACUCCGCGCCUGAGACGCGCGAAGUCGAGAUUUUCGAGCUCCAACGACUAUCCUCAGCUGGCGAAUGGGAAAACUGGCUUUUCAGCUCGUCGCCCUACGACCCGCUUAGCGAAACUCGGCUAAGCUCUGACCGCCCCAAAGGCACGCGAUUCUUUGAGGAUGUGCAGCCGCCGCCAGGAUGGGAGUGGAGCGAGAAAAAGUGGGCGCUGGAUUUGUGGUCCAGGGAGUGGGUAGAGGAGCGCAUUAUCACCGGCGUGGAGGUGGAGACGGAGGGGGAGAGGUGGGUGUACGAUAUCCGGUACGAGUAUGAGAAGUCCGCUGCGUUUGGGGAGGAGGGCUGUGGGUUGGGGACGCCGGUGAAUUUGAGUGGCAAUGGGAAGAAGAAAGCGUUGCCUAGUUGGGAGGAGGGGAGUGAUGCUGAGGGCAAGAGAAGAGGGCGGAGAGCUGGACCGAAUUGGCCCAGCUCGCCUGAUGGCACGGGACUUGGUCAAUGA